CCUGCGUAACUUUAUCCAAUGCUUAUAAAAUGACUGUGAUGUGGUCUGCAGAUGUUUAAAUAAUGUAUCCUUGAAGGUUUUUCCGUUUUAUUUUUGUUGAAAUAAAGUUAUGGUUACAAAGAUCCAAGACAGCUGAAGGUUCACUUACAUACACUUCAAAAAGUGUGACUACAAGCUCGAAGAUAUUCAAUGAUUAGAUGCACAAGCAAAAAAAAAGUGUCAACAUUCAGGUUGCUAAUCGAGGUGAAUUGCAAUUAUGCUCAGUUGACACUCAUUGAAAUCGCACAUCACUGCAACACUUGAAGACUAAGUAAAUUGAACUGUGCUUUGUAACGGACAUUAGAGUAUUUUAAUUUGCAAGAAAUGCGGGAACAUCUAGAGUUGCAGCAUUUAGUAGAUGAUGAAAUUGAGUGCCAAUCUAUUGGACGCCGUCCGACCACUACCAGCUAUUACACAUUCAACUGUAAAUCAUGCCCGUACCUUGGUCUUCUCUUGGCAACCAUAUCGUCGCUCUUUUUUUCACUUUGCAGUGUCAUUGUCAAGAGUUUGGUUGAUAUCAAUCCAAUGGAAUUGGCUGCUUUUCGCUUUGUUGGAGUUUUACUGCCUGCGAUUCCAAUUUUAAUCUACAAAGGGGAACAUCCGUUUCCAAAGGGUCGACGCCUCAUGUUGAUAUUGAGGAGUUUUGUUGGAACAACUGGUCUGAUGCUCAGUUUUUAUGCAUUCAGACACAUGCCCUUGGCUGAUGCAUCGGUCAUAGUUUUUUCUGUGCCUGUAUUCGUGGCAAUAUUUGCGAGAGUAUUUUUAAAAGAGCCCUGCGGUCUGUUCAACAUAAUCACUGUCUGCCUAACAUUGAUUGGAGUAGUUCUCAUAACGAGGCCACCUCUCCUGUUUGGCCAUACCGUUGUGUCAUUGACUGAUAAUCAUGAAAAAACCGAGCAAGCUGAUUUGUGGGGGGCAGCUGCAGCUUUUACAGCAACAUUGUUUGGAGCUAACGCUUAUAUUUUAUUGAGAGCCCUCAAAGGACUGCACUUUUCCAUCAUAAUGACAAACUUUGGAUCUUUUGCACUUGUUCAGACAAUUGUUGUCACCUGGGCUAUCGGAGCUAUGUGUUUGCCACGAUGCGGCACUGACAGGUUACUUGUGGUAGCCUUAGCUCUUUUUAGCUUUGGUGGACAAAUUCUACUAACUUUAGCCCUACAGAUGGAACAGGCUGGACCAGUUGCCAUUGCUAGAUCAGCAGAUAUUGUUUUUGCUUUUUUUUGGCAAGUACUAUUUUUCAAUGAAAUACCAAAUAAAUAUUCAGUGGGUGGUGCGAUUCUCGUGACAAGUUCCGUUUUACUUACUGCACUGAGAAAAUGGGCUGUAUCUUUACCAGAAACUUCCAGCAUCAGGAAAUCAUUAGGAUGUCUAGCUACUUUAUGAUUAUGUUUGUGUUAAUCACUUUUAGCUACACAGGAUUGUAUCCACUCAACUCAUUUUUUUUUCUCAUGAGUUCUUAUCAAAAAAUUUUUCAUAAAAUGAAGAGAGAAAUAUAUCGAAAAGUGAUAUGUUGUAUUACCAAAUGACUUCAAAGUUACGAGUAACGAUAAAUAAACUUAACUUUUAGUGAUAAGAAAAUUUUUCAGGUAAUUGGCUGAAAGCCAUGCAAAUGGAAAUGUUUUACUUGAUUAAUUUGAUUGCCAUGAGGUAUAACAAGUAUUAUAAAAAAAAAAAUUUUAUAGUUAUUCUAGUUUACUGUUUUCUCGCUAAUGUUGGUUCUCAAGAGCACAAUUUUCAAUUGAAAAAAAGUUUUUCGUUGUGAAUACAUUAAUUUAAAAUCAGGUGCUCAGUCUUUCAUGAAAAUUUUUAUUACGAUUUAUAAGAGGAAAUAGGAUUUGUACUAUUUUCACAUUAGGUAAUGGACAAUGGUCAAAUAAUAUUCUAAGAUUUGCUCUAUAUUCAUGGCUCAUAUCAAAUAAUCCGUCUAGUCAAAAUAUUCUUAAUCCUCGCAAAAACUACUUCCUAUUGAUGUACAUCUGAAGCGGUACCUAUGUAAAUAGUUGGUACUUCAAAUUUUUCUAGCCAUUAUUUGUAAAGAUAAAAAAUACCUCUUAGUAAAGAAUUAAAGUAGUGAAUAAUAUAGGUGGGGUCGAUAAUUAUUCUUAAUUUAUGAGCAAUAUUAUCUGUAAAAUAUAUGCGCAUGUUAUUGUUUUAUUGUUAUUUUAUUUGAUUCUUUUUCCGUUCACAGUAAUUUUUUAUUAUUGUUUGUGCUGGAAAAUUUCAGUUUCUCAUGUUAUGUAUGCACAGUUGAUUUUUUAAGGUCAACUUAAUAGACGCAAUUAAGGGAUAAUUUUAAAAAAUUUUAGGGCCAAAUGGUACAUUAAAAGUACAGGUAAUAAGCAAUAUUUUUACCACUGCUACACAUUCAGUCAAAUCAAUGUAGUUUUUUGGAUCAUUUUUAAUUAUGAUGGCUACUGUUCCGAGUCCGAUAUUUAGUUUGAAAAACUUUACUAUUGUAAUUUACACCAAGCCAGGUGUAUUUUUAGAUCAUACAAAUAAAAAAUAGAAAAAUUAUAUACAGUUAUGUAAGCACUGUGAAAUGAAAAUAAAUAUAGAUGGUUUUACUAUUCUCAAAGAAAUAAUUCCAAACAGUAUUAUUUUAAUUGCAUUAAUCUUGC